AUGUCUGGAAUUGUGCAAACACUCGUCCACUACCGCAAUAAGUCAUCGGGCAUCGGGACUAACGCCAAAGCGGUGAACUAUUUGAAUCAAGAUUAUGAAGAGCUGAAGAGGAGCUGUCUGGAGAGAGGAAGGCUUUUUGAGGAUGAUAUGUUUGACGCCGGGCCUUCCUCUCUGGGAUUUAAAGAAUUAGGACCGUAUUCUGCCAAAACUAGGGGCGUUACUUGGCAGAGACCCUCGGAGUUGCAAUCCAGGCCUAAAUUCAUAAUUGAAGAGGCGACCCGAACAGACAUCUGUCAAGGAGCCCUGGGUGACUGUUGGCUCCUCGCCGCCAUCGCUUCUUUGACUCUGAAUAAGGAGGUGCUUCACAGAGUUGUGCCCCACGACCAGAGCUUUGACGACAAUUACGCCGGAAUCUUUCACUUUGAGUUCUGGCAGUUCGGUGAGUGGGUGGAUGUGGUGGUGGACGAUCGUUUACCCACAAAGGAUGGAGAGCUGGUGUUUGUGCACUCUGAGAAGGGCUCUGAGUUCUGGAGCGCACUGCUGGAGAAGGCCUACGCCAAAUUGAACGGAUGCUAUGAGGCCCUUUCCGGAGGCUCCACCAUCGAAGGCUUUGAGGACUUCACCGGAGGCAUUGCUGAAAACCACGAACUGAAAGAACCGCACCCACACCUGUUCCACAUCAUCCAGAAGGCGCUGGACAGAGGCUCCCUCCUCGGCUGCUCCAUUGAUAUUACAAGCCAGAAUGACUCGGAGGCUGUCACCUUUCAGAAACUGGUGAAAGGCCAUGCGUAUUCAGUGACUGGAGCAGAUAUGGUGGAAUACAGAGGAGACAACGUGCAGCUCAUCCGCAUCAGAAACCCGUGGGGCCAAGUCGAGUGGAACGGAUCCUGGAGCGACUCAUCUUAUGAGUGGCAAUCUGUGAGCAACAAAGACCGUGACAGACUGACCAACCGCAAAGAAGACGGAGAAUUCUGGAUGUCAUUUACGGAUUUUCUGCGUCAUUUCUCGCGUUUGGAGAUCUGUAAUUUGACCCCGGACGCUCUGACCAGUGACAACUUACUGAAGUGGGCGGAGCUCGAAUUUGAGGGGACGUGGAGAGCGGGCUCAUCCGCUGGCGGCUGCAGGAACUACAUAAGUAGUUUCUGGAGGAACCCUCAGUUUGUUAUUAAACUGGAGGAUGUGGACGAUGAGCCUGACGAUGGGGAGGAGUUGUGCACUUUCAUCGUGGGACUGAUGCAAAAAAACAAACGGAAAAUGAGAAAAAUGGGACAGGACAUGGAGACCAUUGGAUUUGCCAUCUAUAAACUUCCAGAAGAGUUUUCAGGCCUCAAACAAGUUCAUUUGAAGGAAGAUUUCUUCAAGUACAAUGCUUCGGCGGCCCGCUCCAACACCUUCAUCAACCUGAGAGAGCUGUCCAACCGCAUCAGCCUGCCGCCCGGUGAAUACCUCAUCGUGCCUUCCACCUUUGAGCCCAACAAGAACGGAGACUUCUACCUGCGCGUGCUUUCAGAGAAGCCUGCGGAUUUUCACGAGAUUGACGACCCAGUGACCUGUGACAUUGAGCCAAUUGAGAUUGAUGAAGACGACGUGUCAGACGGCUUCAAGGGUCUGUUUGUAAAACUUGCUGGACAUGAUUCUGAAAUCUCCGUGUACGAGCUGCAAAAAAUCCUCAACUCUGUCAUAUCUAAAAAAAGGAGUCAAAACAGGAUCAAGUUUGAUGGCUUCAGCCUGGCAACUUGUCACAACAUGGUCAACCUGCUGGACAAAGAUGGAAGCGGGAAACUGGGAAUGGUUGAAUUCAAAAUCUUAUGGACAAAAAUAGAGAAGUUUUUGGGCUUGUUCAAGGCGAGGGACAGCGACGAUAGCGGAUGUAUGAGCAGCUCUGAGAUGAGGAUGGCUGUCGAAGAAGCGGGUUUUCGUCUGAACACUCCUUUGCACCAGAUUCUUGUGGCUCGUUACAGUGAACCAGACCUCUCCAUAGAAUUUGAUAACUUUGUCAGCUGCCUCAUCCGAAUGGAGUCGCUCUUCAAUACGUUCAAGGCUCUGGACCAAGACGGCUCUGGACAGAUUGAGUUAGAUAUGAAACAAUGGCUGAGCCUGACCAUCCUUUAG